AUGACAAGAAAGAAUCAAACUGUUGUCUUAGAAUUCCUCCUCCUGGGCCUGCCCAUCAAGUCAGAACUGCGAGACCAGUUCUAUGCCCUGUUCCUGCUCAUGUAUGUUACCACCAUCCUGGGGAACCUGCUCAUCAUCAUCCUCAUUCGCCUGGACUCCCGCCUCCACACACCCAUGUAUUUGUUUCUCAGUAACUUGUCCUUCUCUGACCUCUGCUUCUCCUCUGUCACAAUGCCCAAACUGCUGCAGAACAUGCAGAGCCAGGUCCCGUCCGUCCCCUAUGCCGGCUGCCUUGCCCAGAUGUACUUCUUCCUAUUUUUUGGAGACCUGGAGAGCUUCCUCCUGGUGGCCAUGGCCUAUGAUCGCUAUGUGGCCAUCUGUUUCCCCCUGCACUACACCACCAUCAUGAGCCCCAAGCUCUGUCUCUCCUUGGUGGUGCUGUCCUGGGUGCUGACUACCGCCCAUGCCAUGUUGCACACCCUGCUCAUGACCAAGUUGUCCUUCUGUGCCGACAACAUCAUCCCCCACUUUUUCUGUGACAUGUCUGCUCUGCUGAAGCUGGCCUGCUCUGACACCCGAAUCAAUGAGUUGGUGAUAUUUAUCAUGGGAGGGCUCAUUCUUGUCAUCCCAUUCCUACUCAUCGUCAUGUCUUAUGCACGGAUUGUGUCCUCCAUCCUCAGGGUCCCUUCUGCCAGGGGCAUCCGCAAGGCCUUCUCCACCUGUGGCUCCCACCUCUCCGUGGUGUCUCUCUUCUAUGGGACAGUUAUCAGUCUCUGCUUGUGCCCAUCAGCUAAUAAUUCUGCUGUUAAGGAGACUGUCAUGGCCGUGAUGUACACUGUGGUCACCCCCAUGCUGAAUCCCUUCAUCUACAGCCUGAGGAACAGAGACAUGAAGGGAGCCCUGGGAAGAGUCUUUUGUGGAAAGAAAAUUCCCUUCUCUGUAUGA